UUUCUAGGGGCACAUGGUUAGCGGCAGACGCCCACAGCCAAUCCACUCUGCCAGCCUGCCCCUUCCUCUGCCAAGAGCAGCUUCUUCAGCCGCGCUACAGUUCCGCAGACGCCUGCCCCACCCUGCCCUUCCCUUCCAGGGAAGACGGAUCACGCGGCCAAGAACGAGACUCGCAAACUGGGCAUUUCUCCGAGCCGGGCUGGAGCAAGUAGCGAGACUCCUUGUGAGAGUGGGAAGGAGCCUUAACAGGCAACCAUGUGGCCCAAUGGGUUUUCUGUGCCUUUGGGUGCGGACCAAUGAGGCAUGUGGGGCGGGACUUCCGCUUCGCCUCGGUGUUGUCGUCCCUGCUCCUACUCCGGGCUGUGGGGGUCGGUGCGGAUAUUCAGUCAUGAAGUCAGGGUAGGGACUUCUCCCGCAGCGACGCGGCCGGCCGGCGAGACUGUUUGUGUUGCGGGGGCUGGACUUCAAGGUGAUUUUACGACGAGAUGCUGCUCUCAAUAGGGAUGCUCAUGCUGUCAGCCACACAAGUCUACACCAUCUUGACCGUUCAGCUCUUUGCAUUCUUAAACCUACUGCCUGUAGAAGCAGACAUUUUAGCAUAUAACUUUGAAAAUGCAUCUCAGACAUUUGAUGACCUCCCUGCAAGAUUUGGUUAUAGACUUCCAGCUGAAGGUUUAAAGGGUUUUUUGAUUAACUCAAAACCAGAGAAUGCCUGUGAACCCAUAGUGCCUCCACCAGUAAAAGACAAUUCAUCUGGCGCUUUCAUCGUGCUAAUUAGAAGACUUGAUUGUAAUUUCGAUAUAAAGGUUUUAAAUGCACAGAGAGCAGGAUACAAGGCAGCCAUAGUUCACAAUGUUGAUUCUGAUGACCUCAUUAGCAUGGGAUCCAACGACAUUGAGGUACUAAAGAAAAUUGACAUUCCAUCUGUCUUUAUUGGUGAAUCAUCAGCUAAUUCUCUGAAAGAUGAAUUCACAUAUGAAAAAGGGGGCCAUCUUAUCUUAGUUCCAGAAUUUAGUCUUCCUUUGGAAUACUACCUAAUUCCCUUCCUUAUCAUAGUGGGCAUCUGUCUCAUCUUAAUAGUCAUUUUCAUGUUUUUGGCUAUUACAAAUAAAGCUGACAUGGACAUUUGUUGUAUGGAAAUAUGCUUUCAUUUCCAUUGGGUAAGUAUAUCUAGGAGUGGGACAGUUGGGUCACAGGAUAAGUGUGUGUUUAGAUUCAUAAGAAAUUGCCAAGCUCUUUUCCAAAGUCGUUGUACCAUUUUACAAUCCCACCAGAAGUGUAUGAGAGUCCCAGUUCCUCCACUUCCAUGCCAACACUUGGUGUUCUCUACGUAUUUUCUGUUUUCAGGAGAUGAGUAUGAUGUAUGUGCCAUUUGUUUGGAUGAGUAUGAAGAUGGAGACAAACUCAGAAUCCUUCCCUGUUCCCAUGCUUAUCACUGCAAGUGUGUAGACCCUUGGCUAACUAAAACCAAAAAAACCUGUCCAGUGUGCAAGCAAAAAGUUGUUCCUUCUCAAGGUGAUUCAGACUCUGACACAGAUAGUAGUCAAGAAGAAAAUGAAGUGACAGAACAUACCCCUUUACUUAGACCUUUAGCUUCUGUCAGUGCCCAGUCAUUUGGGGCUUUGUCGGAAUCCCGCUCACAUCAGAACAUGACAGAAUCUUCAGACUAUGAGGAAGAUGACAAUGAAGAUACCGACAGUAGUGAUGCAGAAAAUGAAAUUAAUGAACAUGAUGUCGUGGUCCAGCUGCAGCCUAAUGGUGAACGGGAUUACAACAUAGCAAAUACUGUUUGACUUUCAGAAGAUGGUUUAUUUCCCUUUAAAAUGUUUAGGUAAUAUACUGUAAUUUGAUUUUUUGCUCCCUUCAAAGAUUUCUGUAGAAAUAACUUAUUUUUAGUAUUCUACAGUUUAAUCAAAUUACUGAAACAGGACUUUUGAUCUGGUAUUUAUCUGCAAGAGUGUACUUCAUUCACUAAUAAUAGACUGGUGCUGUAACUCAAGCAUCAAUUCAGCUCUUCUUUUGGAAUUAAAGUAUAGGCAAAACAUUAAAAAAAAAAAAAUCCUCAGUAUAGCUUGCAAUUAAGACCUAGAUCACAGUAUUUAAAUGUUUUGUGUUUUAUACAUGAGGUCAGUGCGACAGCCACCUAGCAUGAACUAACCCAGCUUCCACCUCCAUAAAGUUACCUAGAAUUGUUGAGUUGGAGUAUGUUCUGGCAUUUACCUGACCUGCCAAAUCAUUAGGGAGAGGCAACAAGGUAACUCAGCCUUUCCUCCCCCUAUCAGCACAAAGAAACUCAAAGCUGUAUUUUCCCUUUCUGUUCCAAAGCAGUCUUAUCCUGACAGGAGCGGUCUAUACUAGUGCAGAUUUCAACACUUUUUUUUUUUUUAAUGUUUUAAUUACUAUAGUGUUAUGUAGAGAUUUGAUUCAGCAGCUAAUGUUUCUGAACUUUACUUAUUAAUUUUCAGUGUCCUUAAGGGUUUUGUGGUGUUAUCAAAGCAAAAAGAAAAUGCUGCAUAAAAAUACCAAACUUCAGCAACUGUUAAUACUCAGAUCAUAUACCUCUUAAUAAAUAGCAUCUUAUGCUAAUUAGCCCUGCUAAACUAUGUACAGAGGAAAUUGUUCAAGUAUUGGAUUUGAAAGUAAGUGACUUAUGUUUAACAGAACUAAUGAUGUAUUGAAACACUGUAUUAUGAAAAGCUAAAUUAUAUACAUCAUUGUAACUAUGUAGAAAAUGUAGACUAAUGUAUAAUCAAAAUGCUAAGGAUUUUUAUAUGGCCUUGUAUGAGGGGAGUUUGAAUGUUAAUAAACAUGUUUUCCACUUUAAGAUCCA